AUGCUCUCUCUGUUCCAUGCUCUGGUCUGGUGGGUAGCCUGCGUCGUCGCUGCGUUGAAUCCUCUCUGCGCGCCCGGCGGCAACUUCGACAUGCGGUACUGGAACCUGCAGCUGCCCAUUGGCUCAAAAGGCCACCCGACCACCAUCUCCAGCGCGGAUUUGCAGGGUUGCUGCGGCUAUCAGAACUGGGAUUACUUCUUCACUGAGCACUCCGACGGCGCGCUGGUCAUGAAGGUCCCGGGCUCCCCCUCGUCUGCCGGCUGCGUGACCACAGCGCACAGUUUGCACUGCAGCACCGAGCUUCGAGAACUCGACCCUGCCAACGGCAAGCCCUCUUCAUGGGACCCCAACCAGGCCGUCAACAGGCUUUUUGCCCGCCUAGCCUGCUCCCAGCCCGGCGACGGCGCCGGCACCGUCGUCGGGCAGAUCCACAUCGACGACUCCGUCUCGACCAAGCCCGUCGCGGAGCUGUACUACGAUGCCGACGGCAACUUGACCGUGGGCGUGGAGCGGAACCGUACGGGAGGCAACCAGGUCCGCUUCCCGGCGGGCCAUGUGCCCGUUGGCCAGACAUUCACCUACGAGAUUCGCUACGAAAGCAAUGUGCUGUCUGUGAUUAUCGAUGGCGGCUGUCCCCAGGUGUUUCCGACCUUCCAGCUCGACGCCCCGAGGAGCUACUUCAAGGUGGGCAACUACCUGCAGGGCUCCACUGCGUCAGACGUUCACUUCUUUGAGAUCCAGGUGACGCACUAG